CGCGAGUGGUGAUCGGGAGUUACCAUAAGUCGCAAGCACCUCGACGUAUGUGACUCGGAAGUGGAUGAGCCAUGUCAUGAUCCAGAGCUUCGCGGUGCUGCAGAAGCGCGGAGUGGUUCCGGGACACAUCAUACUCCGUACUCUGUACAGGGCUCGCAAAUUGGCGUUGCGAAGCGCGGCAUGAACAAUGCCGAUCCUGACUCAAAAGGAAACCUACCUCGUCGACCUCGGGAGAACUCGAACGACAAACACCAAGUCGACAGAGGGGACCCUGGAUAUGCGGUUGGUUCGAGAUGCAGCACAUAUCUCAUGCCAAGUUGUGGGCGUUGAAACACCUCGGUAGAGGGUCUGUGAGUGCUAUGAGGUGUCGAUCGCGGGUUUUCCUGCCCUGACAGACUCAAUGCCGACAAAAGUAUCGUGCCAAUUGCGGUCUGUAUCCACCUCCGUGUCGUUGAUAUGUGAUGGAUGUGUCAAAGAACUGUGUUGGUUGAUAUCUUGUUGGACGUUAUAGUGGAGAUUGCGACAGGCUUCGAGGCUGGAUCAAGCAGGUGACGCUCAUGAAUAGUUGUCAUCACCAACACUCUUUAUGCGUCCUGUGCAUCUGUCUGCAUUGCGAAGCACCUCGUGCUUGGCUUGGGCCUUGCCCUUCUCUGCCCUCCCUGCCCUGUCAAUGAUACCAGCAUUUCCAAUCUCCAGAGAAUUGAUCUUCGAACCUUGUCCACCAAACAUCUUAUAACUCAUCACGGCACAGCAGAGAUGUGACCGCGUGAAAAGCUUGGGUAGACGAGACGAGUUGUACCCCUGCUUGAGGGACUUUUGGUAGAUUGCCUUGCCCUCCGUGAAUUGGGUUGAAGGGCCACAAUCUCGAGUUGCCAGAUUUGUACGGAGUAUAACAAAAAGCUUGUCGGAGAAGCGGCACUAAAGCACCCGAGCAUCCAAGCCACAUGCGCCACAUUAUCAGUAAUUAAUUAGCCACAGCCACCCCUCCUUCAUGUCAGGUGCGGUGAGGCCUAUCGCGGGGCUUGGCUCAGGCUGAGUAGCCUUGGUGACGUACAUCCAACUAAGUAAACCCAGGUUUCCCGUGCAAACCGUCUAAGAAAGAGUCAAUGAGUCAAUGAGAAUCGAUCAAGUUGCCUUCAUGCAGAGAAUGCAACUGACAGAUCGUGGAGCUAUUCGAGAGGAUACGCCAAAUUGUGAAACGCUCCUUCAAACCAAGAGUCUCGUGGAGAUCUCUAGCUUAGUAUCUAUAUCACGCUCAACUCACUCCAGCUCACGACAAACAUUAUUGGACUGUUAGGUCCGAGCCAAUCUCAGAUCCAGCGCUCACGUCACACAGGGACCCUCUCAUUCUCUCAUUGUCAGUCUUUUCCUGACGCUCGCCCAUCAUGUCUAUUCGAAUAGCGCUGGACAACCAGCCUGAGUUCUAUACCAACCUCGACUUGGUGCAGGGCCGAAUCAUCCUGGGUCUCAACCGCGCCGAGCAGAUCGGAAGCAUUGUUGUCAAGCUUGAAGGGGAAUCUGGAACAGCUCUACAGGCUCCGAAUGCCUUUGAUCCACAGAACAUGGCCAGGCUACAACCUAGCCCUCAACGGCCUCCUGGCAGCACCGCAGCUGAGAACCAUAAAAUCUUAUACAAACUACAACAAGUUUUUCCGGAUGACUAUUACGCGAGCUCUUCUAACCCUUACGGUGCAUACCCCCUGCAAGCAGGCGAGCACGAGUUUCCUUUCAAGUUCAAGCUUCCCAUCAAUAACGCAUGCAGCGACCCAAUGGCUAUGUCGAAAAUCGGCGGCAUGGCCAACGUUGGUGGUUUUGGGGGCGGAGGAAUGUUUGGCAUUGGUGGUGUUAGGGUCAUGGAUGGUAGCAAGCAACUCUACCUUCGCCAUGUCACCCGCACACUACCUCCAUCAUUAACAGGAUAUCCUAUGGAGGCAGAAAUUCGAUACUACAUCAAGGUGACAAUCCAGAGACCGGGAUUGCUCAAGGAAAACUGGCGGUAUCAGAUCGGUCUGAAGUUCCUCCCUAUUGAACCGCCCCGGCCGAAGCCGACAACCCAGGAGGCUUUUGCUCGUCGCCCCUUCACAUUUCGGCCAAUGACCCCUCAGGCAGAGAAGAAGCGGUCCUCUCUCUUCAACUUUGGAAGCGGCACAGAUUCAAAGCCAGCCUCUACUCCGGAGCCAUUUGCAGAUAUUGCACCAGCUCCAGCAAUCGAGAUUUCAGCACGCCUUCCUCACCCAAGCGUCUUGACUUGCAACAAGCCUGUUCCCCUACGGCUUAUCGCCAAAAAGCUCAACAACAAUCCAGAGCAAGUCUAUCUAGUAUCGUUCCAGAUGGAGCUUAUAGGCCGUACCGAUGUCCGCGCGCUCGAGCUUCAGAACCAGAAGAUCAACCGAUGGGUUGUUGUGUCAAAUCCUAACAUCAACAUCCCGUUGACUACAGGGCCUGCUGACGAAGCUGGGAGUGAGUUGGUGAUUCCAGACCAUGUAUGGAAGAAUUUGCCUCUUCCCAACACUGUGGCACCCUCAUUCGUCACUUGUAAUCUUUCUAGAAGGUACGAGCUCGAGUUGAAGCUUGGUCUAGCCUGGGGUAAGCCAAAAAAGGGCAUCACCAACAAGAGUCCCCCGGUCAUCCUCCUACCGCUACACUUUGCGCAAGUCGAGGUUUAUUCGGGUAUUACACCGCCUCCUGAACUCGUCGAAUCCGCAAGAUCAACGCGGCCAGGGCGUGCAACCUUCACGAAUAACGUCCCGCCCCGUCUGCCGCCCAGGCAAAACUCAGUCUCCUCGGCCCCAGUGUCAGCUCAACAGCAACGGCCUUCUCAAACUCCGAACCAGGUUCCUCCUCAGCCAACUCAUGAUCCCCUGUAUCCACCACAACUAGCUCCGGGUCAAGAGGCACCUCCAUAUGACGAUGCUCCGCCCAGCUAUGACGAAGCCAUCGCGGAAAACCUGGCUGGUCCCUUCGACGGCAUGCAGGCACGGCCAGCCUACAGCGGUGUCACGAACGAGAAUGCGCCAAGCCAGUUACCUCCUGAAAAGACUUGAAAGGAUCCAAAGCAUGACUUGUCUGGAUAAAUGCUUUAAUGCGCUGAUGAUAACGAUAAUUCUGGGUGUUGAGGAUUUUGAUAGGGCUGAGAAAGGGAGUGAGGGGUUCAUUCCGAUACUGGCUCGAUCCUGGUGCCAUUGAUUAUUCAUUUGAUUGUAAUAACGACAGGUUGUUGAGUUCGUACUUUCAUAGUGCCUUUCAUGUGCUGUUUUAAGAGGAGUUCUUGGUUAAGUACUGGCACAUAUACAUCCCAGACCCAGGCUUGGAUGUAACUCCAGUACCACCUUAUUGUCAUACAUAGUUUGAGGUUGUCGUGGAUCUAGAAUGGCUUUGUUAGUAAUAGAGGCAUAGAUACCGAAUACCUACCUAAUCACAACAUUUCCAGCUCAAAUUACGAAACAUUUCUUUGACUU